CCAACCACAGCCACAUGCUAAGAGCUGGCGUGCCGUCUGUCGCCUAGCAUUGGGUUUAGCGCUCCAGGUAAGAAGCUCAUUUAGCUCAAAUCCGUCGCGGGUGGUGCGAUGGUGGCUGCAGGUCUUCUCUUUCAUCCCUACAUAAUACCGAGCCCGCAAGAUUUCCGCAGGCUUAUGCCCGACCAGCGUUAGCUGCAAUGGCCAAUUAUUUCAUGCGCCGCCCUGCCUACACUCUGUUUGUCGAAAAUUAAAACUCAAAGCAAAGAGCACACACACACAAAAAAGCUAUUAUUACGAGAAACAUGCAUCCCAAUAAGAGAGGGAGGACAUGAUACCUGCUUUGUUCUGCAGCCCCACCAAUCGGCAUCACCACUUACACGCACAACAUACAGCUUCACCAGACACCAAACAUGCCUGACUGACUUGACAGGAAGCACACCAUAACACAACAGCCAUGAUGGCUUCCUCCACCUCAUCCACGGAGACACACUCUCAUCUCAGAGAUGAAAAAGGAAGACUAGAUUCUCCCACCGACGAGAAACACGACAUCGAGCGCCACUCUGCUAGCAUAUCCAGAGACACUCGCGAUUCCGUCGAUGCGCCAAACACCACAUCCAACGACGCCGAGAAGCAAAUCUACAUUGUACAAGAUGCAACUUCCAUUGAUGACAACAUCGUCUGGUGGGACGGCGACAGCGACCCCGAAAACCCAUACAACUGGCCGCGGUGGCGCAAAGUUCUCAACUGCGUCCUCAUCAGCUGUCUAGCAUUCAUCACGCCUCUAGCAUCAUCUAUGUUUGCACCUGGCGUCCCCGACCUCAUGGUGGAAUUCCGCAGCACAAGUGAAGAGCUGGCUGCUUUCUGCGUUUCUGUCUAUGUGCUGGGAUUCGCAGCUGGACCCAUGUUCUUUGCGCCCUUGUCUGAGAUUUACGGCCGAUCCAUCAUCUAUAACAUCACAAACGUUGGCUUCAUCGUCUUCGUCGUCGCCUGCGCAAAAGCCCCUUCACUCAAUGCCCUCAUCGUCUUCCGUUUCUUCUGUGGCAUCUUCGGCUCCGUCCCCAUUACCAUCGGAGGCGGCAGCAUCGCCGACAUGAUUGUGCAGGAAAAGCGUGGCGUCGCCAUGGCAAGCUUCGCCAUCGGCCCAAUGCUUGGCCCCGUCGUCGGGCCUGUGGUGGGAGGCUUCAUCACUACUGGGCUUGGAUGGCGCUGGGUCUUUUGGAUCAUGGCUAUCCUCUCUGGGACUUUCUCGCUGCUGUUCCUGGCCUUUUCGCGCGAGUCAUUUGCUGCUGUGCUGAUCGGCCGCAAAACCGUCCGAUUGCGAAAGGAAACUGGCAAUCCUCUGUUGCGGUCCAAGCUCGACACAGGCCUGUCAAACGCAGCCUACAUCAAGCGCAGCAUCCAGAGGCCGUUCAAGAUGCUGAUAAUGUCUCCCAUCAGUAUUAUAUGCGGCAUCUACGUCGGAAUUGCCUAUGCAUACCUGUAUCUCAUGUUCACCAGCCUCACGCCGCUUUUCAUGGAAAUCUACCACUUCAAGACGAGCUAUGCCGGCCUCGCGUUUCUGGGGUUAGGCGUCGGCAGCAUGAUUGGCGUUGUUUCCUUUUCCUUGACAAGCGAUAGAAACAUCAAAAAGAAGGCUGCUGAAGAGGCCGUGUUGGCAGCGGCCGAAGGUCGCGCUCCCGAAGGCAUGAAGCCCGAGUAUCGUCUCUCGCCGCUGCCUGUCGGCGCAAUUGUCCUGCCCAUCGGGUUCUUCAUAUAUGGAUGGACUGCAGAGUAUCAGGUCCAUUGGAUAGCGCCUAUUAUCGGUACAGUAGUCAUAGGCGUCGGCGACCUCAUCGUCUUCAUGUCUCUCCAAAUGUACCUCGUCGAUACCUUCCAUAUCUAUGCGGCCUCGGCUCUCGCAGCAAACGCAGUCGCUCGUUCCAUCCUGGGAUCUGUCCUCCCUCUCGCCGGCCUGCCAAUGUAUAAUCGCCUCGGCAUGGGCUGGGGCAAUAGUAUCCUUGGCUUCAUCGGCCUGGCGCUGACGCCAGCGGCCUGGCUCUUUCUUAGGCACGGAGAGGCGCUGCGCAAGAGAUUCGAGAUUAAGAAUUUAUGAGAUGGUUCUUUAUCCUUCUUCUCUCUCUUCUCUCUCUCUCUCUCUCUCACUUUUAUUUUUUAAACCAAAAAAAAAAAACUUACAUAUCAUCUAGACUUAUUGUUUAACGAACAGUUUACUUGACCUCACCAACGGUUUGCUUCAAAAAAAAAGAAAGC